AUGGGGAAGUCGGAGAUCAUUCCUGUGCUGGGCCCGUCCAAGCUUGCGAGCCCUCUGUUCUUCCCUGAGACGUCUGUCUCUUCUUUUUCGCCCUACUCGCCUGCCUCCUUUGGGUCUCCCAUAGACGAGAUAGCUAUUAGGCUGAGAUACUCGAAAUCCAGACUAAAUCGCAAGUUUUCCAGACUCCUCUGCGCCGCCUGUCUCUUGGCAAUUACCCUGUGGAUCCUGACCCGGUCGCCAGCCCAGUACAGCGACUGGGUCUAUCUGCAUGCUCGCCUCCCGCUCGGCGAUUCCGAUUAUCUGCAACUUGAAACGCUACAGCCGGAUCUAAAAAAAAAAAUAGAUCUAGAAAGAUCUUCGUUCCCGUCUCCUGAUGACCCGUUCGACCCGCGCCUGGUGGCCGCUCUGUGGCUGUCCAAGCUGCAAACGCGUCUGGACGCCAAACUGCCGGACACGGGACGGCCGUUUGCGAUCCCGUUCCACUGGCGCGACUGGGUGGAUAUGGACGAUCGACUCCGUCCGGCCCAGCCGUGGAUGGUUGCCAACCGCGGCCGCAGCCUCGACUGUAAAACGUUCAGAUCCCAGAACAGGCUCUCGCGGCUGUCGUGUGUAGACGCCGACGGGACGCAGAUGCUGUCGCUGCCGUCAUACUACCCGACCAUGAGGGUGGCUGCGCCGUACGUCCCCAAGAUGGCCGUCGACGCGCGAGUCGUCCACGGGGCAAGCUACCUGCUCGACGCUGCGCCACCCCCGGAGAAGGUGCUGUUUAUCCAGAGACACAAUGCCGCUAUUGUGGGCACCGAGCCGCAUUCGCGGGCCACCGUGGGCCAGCUGAUCGCCGAGUAUACUAUCCGGAAAAUGGCAGGCCAGGGUCUGCUACAGCCGGACGUGCCAUCGGGGAUAGAAUUGAAAGCCGAGGCACGGCGGCUCUUUAGCUCUUCUCACUGCAAGGCCGGCAUAUUGCAGUCGCGGGCCCUGUGUGUGAAGACCGACCAGCCAGACGAUGGCAGGGCUGUGCCUAUCUCCGAAAACGACUUUUUCUGGGACGUUGCCGCAGACAAAGUCCACGAAAACCCGCCCAAGUACUUCUACGAGGCAGACAACUACAGCAACAAGAUCAACGGCGCGCAUUUCGACUGGCGCUUCUUCAAUGCUCGCAAUCUCUCGUCGAUCGAGCGCAAAGCCACGCUGCACAAGCUGGUGGCCACCUGGCUCCGUUUCUCGAGCGUCGCCGGCCUGCGCACGUGGCUGGCCCACGGAACGCUGCUCGGGUACCAGUUCAACGGCCUCGUGCUCGACUGGGACUUCGACCUCGACGUCCAGGUCACGCAGGCCAGCCUGCUGCGUCUGGCACGUGACUACAACCAGACGCUUGUCGUGGACGUCGACGGCACAGGGAGCUACCUGCUGGACGUGAGCCCGUAUUUCUGUGACCGCAGUCGCGGCAACGGCAACAACGCCAUUGAUGCGCGCCUCAUCGACACCGCCACCGGCCUCUACAUCGACAUCACGAGCCUGGCCAACACUCCCGGCCAGCUGCCACCCACAAGAAAAAAACGGCUCGACGAGCUUCAGCGGCUCUACUCGCAAAACGAACUUGACCACCGCGAUUUUUCGCAGCUAUACAGCUGUCGCGACGAGCACUACUACACGCAUGACGAGAUUUCUCCGCUGAGACCUGUCCUAUUUGAAGGUGUCCUGGCCUACGUUCCGCACAACGUGGACCAGAUUCUUCUCCGGGAGUAUCCUAAGUACCUUACACGCCUCACCCACGAGCACCACACGUUCAGGACGAGUCUGCGCUCGUGGGUGUCGAACGAGGCGUGCGACAGAGGGGACCUGCUGGGGCUGAGUUGCAAGGACCCAGCGGUGCUCCUGGAGACAGAGCGCACGAAGCAGUAUACGGCGACACAUCUGCUGCGCCAGGCCGGCUUGAGCCGCCGUUCGGACGAGCUCGAGGGGCUUCGUGUCGACGCUGUCAUGGGGCCCAUAAUCCAGCACCGGCUCCAGGCUCUGGUGUGA